AUGGCAUCGUUUGUUAAGCUUGAUUCGACUAAUCUCGUUCAAGAUGGAUACAAUUCCACGUGGAAGUACUCUUUCCCAGGGUCUGCAGCUGAUUUCAAAGAUGUUACUUGCGCUGUUCAGUCUAUCUCUAUGUACAACAGCGAGUAUAAUGUCGAUUCGCUUCAAUUUUUGAAUAACUCAUUUAAAGUAGAAGUACCAACAGCUGCUACAGCUUCUACCAUCAGUAUUACUCUUGCUGACGGUAUUUACACCUAUGCAGAUAUCAACCGAAGCAUUCAGACUGCUCUGGUGAAUGCUGGAGCCUAUUUGAUUGAUGCAUCGGGAAAUAAUGUGUUCUACAUUCAGCUGAGUGAAAAUAGUGUAUAUUAUGCGGCACAGUUUGAUUUUAGCGCAACUCCGACAAGUCUACCUGUAGGUUUCAGUCGUCCUGCUGCUGGGCUAUACAGCUCUGGUGGUACGGGCUUACCUACUACAACUCGUGUACCACGUGUUAUCAUCGAUAACGCAGCAUUUGGGAAGGUUGUUGGUCUAACGACUGGAACUUACCCUGCUUCUCCUGCUACUGUAGCAAGUGCUAAGCUAUCGAACAUUAUUCCUCAGAUUCACCCAACCUCGAGCUAUAUCGUGCGAUGUGACAUCAUUAAGAAUGAAUACGUAGCUAGCGGUGAUAUCCUGAGUGCAUUCGACCGCGGUGAUGCUUCUGUUGGCCAGCUGAUUUCGUAUAAACCAAGUCAGUAUGCGUGGAUGAACUGUCACAAUGUUCCGUGA